AUGACCGUCAUCCAGGGUCCGAGUAACGACACCGUCACCCCCAUCCACUCCAAGGGGCGGUACUUCUUCAAGGGAGACCAGCGGUUCCUCAUCAAGGGCGUCGUCUACCGCUUGCACGGCGAGGGGCCUCUUGAUCCCCUCGUUGAUGACCGUCUGGACGACCUCAAGCGAGAUAUUGCUCUUUUCAAGGAACUGGGACUGAACACUCUCUUCAUAUCAGACCACAUUGAUAGCUCAAGGAGUCACAAUGCUGCCAUGCAACUCCUAGCAGAGGCUGGCAUAUAUGUUCUUAUUAGCCUUCCAACAUCAUCAUGCACGAGCGACGACUCGGGCACCACCACAACGUUCCGUCCAUACAACUCACAAUUGCUCGAGGACUGUUUCGCAACAAUAGACUCAAUGGCGCAAUACCCAAACACGCUUGGCAUCAUCGUCGCCAAUGGUGCGAUGAGCACGAUCUACUCGACCUCUCUAGCACCAAUGAUCAAGACAGUGAUUCGGGACGUUAAGAAGUACAUGGCCACAGCGACGGAGAUAACCGGCCAACGACAACUUCCCAUUGGGUACAGUGCAUCAACAGGCAGGCUGAUCCUAAGGACAACCUUUGAUUACUUUACGGCCGGGAAGGAAGACGAGACGGUGGACUUCUUCUGCUAUGCGAACUUCAACUGGUGCGGCCAGUCAACCCUGCACAUCUCGGGCUACAAGCAGGAGCUCAAGACCUUCGACAACGCACACAUCCCCGUCUUCUUCUCCCAGUACGGCUGCAACCUGGGCGCGUGCGGCAAGCGCAUCUUCCAGGAGACGUCGGCCAUCUACUCGUCAGCCAUGACGCGUGUGUUCUCCGGCGGCAUCGCUUACGAGUUCUAUGACUCGCCAGACAUCAGGUCGGGCCUGUGGGGGUACGGGCUUGUGAGGCAGGAGGACGCGGGCAUCACCAAGCUUCCCGACUUCGACAGCCUGAGGCAGAGGCUCGAGAACUGCCAGGACGAGAGUGUCCUGGAAGAGGAGAUGGAGGGAGGGAACUUCAAAUCGUUUUCGGGGGAUAUCCCACCCCUCUCACCGCAUUGGAAGGCAGGUCACCCCUUGCCCUACAGCAUGGCAGAUUGGAGCGAGGUAAGACAGAGUCUCGAGGACAAGGUGUGGAUGGAGGUUGAAGUUGAAGAGCUGACCACGAAGGAUUUCCAGUUGAGCCAUCAGCCAAAGUUUAUCAGGGCAUAG